UUCGUAGUGAUAUUUCAACAAGCAUGGCGGCUAUAGGAGUACAUUUCGGCUACACAUGUGCCUGUGUAGCUAUUUUUAAGGAUGGCCGAGCGGAGGUGGUCGCCAAUGACGCCGGAGACCGAGUCACUCCUGCCGUGGUGGCUUACCGAGACACGGAACAGAUAGUAGGGAUUGCGGCUAAGCAGGGUCGUGUCCGAAACGCAGCCAACACUGUGGUUAAAGUCAAACAGGUGCUGGGGAGGAGUUUUGAGGAUCCUGAGGUGCAGACGCAUAAAGCUGAGAGUAAAUGUCCUGUUGUCAACAAGGGAGAGAAGCCAGUGUAUGAGAUGACUGGAGAGAUGACCAGACAUGUGGCUCCCCAAGAUGUUGCCAAGCUGAUCCUACACAAGAUGAAAGAGACGGCUCAGUCGGCCUUGGGCGCUGAUGUCACAGAGGCUGUCAUCACUGUCCCCUUUGAGUUCGCACAUGCUCAGAAGUCUGCGUUGAGGGCGGCUGCGGAGGCCGCAGGGUUCCGUGUGUUGAGGCUGAUCCACGAGCCAGCUGCUGCUCUACUGGCCUACGGAAUCGGACAGGACUGCCCCUCUGGGAAGAGCCAUGUCCUGGUGUAUAAACUAGGUGGGACGUCUCUGAGUGUGACGGUGCUGCAGGUGAAUGGUGGAAUGUUCCGGGUUCUGAACACCCACACAGACCACAGCAUCGGAGGAGAGAGCUUCACAAGCGCCCUGGCACAGCACCUGGCUGCAGAGUUCAAACGGUCGUUUAAACAGGAUGUUAGUAGUAACGCGCGGGCCAUGUUGAAGCUGAUGAACGGAGCAGACAUGGCCAAACAUUCUCUCUCCACGCUGGGUUCUGCUAAUUGCUUUGUUGACUCGCUACACGACGGCAUGGACUUCGACUGCAACAUCUCCAGGGCCCGUUUUGAGCUGCUGUGUUCUUCCCUGUUCAACAAGAGUGUCCAACCAAUCAGAAGCCUGCUGGAGACGACUGGGCUCUCUACUAGCGACAUCAACAAGAAUGCGGUGAUCGAUGGUAUCAAAAGCAGCACUAAGGUCUAGGAGCACGAGGACAAAUGCAGAGUGUCAGUCUGACGCCAUUAAAAGGUAAUUUACCACCUUCACAAGUACAGUCUCAGUGCUAUGGGGUCUGAAACCAGACUGAAGCGUUUUGUAUACAUUGUUUGUCUUCAGGAGGGCAGUGAAUUGCUUCUCAACAGCUUUUUCAAUUUGUUUUUGAGGGGAAUAGGAGAUUCGAUAUAGGCCGAUUAGUUAAAAAAAAAUAUUUUCUGGGUCAAGGUUUGGCUUUUUAAAGAGAAUUUAUUACUGCCACUUUUAGUGAGUUUGGUGCACAUCCGGUGGAUAGAGACGUUUAUUAUGUUCAACAUAGGAGGGCCAAGCACAGGAAGCAGCUCUUUCAUUAGUUUAGUUGGAAUAGGGUCCAGUAUGCAGCUUGAAGGUUUAGAGGCCAUGAUUAUUUUCAUCAAUAUGUCGAGAUAUACAGUGCCUUGCGAAAGUAUUCGGUCCCCUUGAACUUUGAACUUUUGCCACAUUUCAGGCUUCAAACAUAAAGAUAUAAAACUGUAUUUUUUUUGUGAAGAAUCAACAAGUGGGACACAAUCAUGAAGUGGAAUGACAUUUAUUGGA